GUCUUAUACUGAACAAAUGUCAACAGACCUAGUGUAUUUAUAUAACAAGCUUUACCUACUCUAUAACGGGCGGUGAAUCUUCUCUCCCAGGUGUUGGCAGCGUGAAUUACAAACGAAAAGGCACUAGUGCCUGAAACCCUAAUUUCCAUUCGCUCAUUUCAGAAUGUCUCACUUUGGCAGAGCAGGGCCUCCCGAUAUUAAAGACAGUUAUUCUUUGCUAGUUCUCAAUAUCACAUUCCGUACAACUGCAGAUGAUCUUUAUCCAUUGUUUGAUCGUUAUGGAAAGGUUGUCGACAUCUUUAUUCCGAGAGACAGGAGGACUGGGGAUUCUAGAGGAUUUGCGUUUGUCCGUUACAAAUAUGCAGAUGAGGCUGAAAAGGCAAUUGAGAGGCUUGAUGGAAGGAAUGUUGAUGGAAGAGAUAUUGUUGUGCAGUUUGCAAAAUAUGGUCCGAAUGCAGAAGUAAUUCAUAAAGGAAGGCUAACUGCAGAGCCUCCUAGCUCAAGGAGAUACAGGAGUCACAGUCCUCGGCUUUCCAGGAGAAGGUAUGAUGAUUAUAGGUAUCGAGAUCAUAGGAGACGGAGUAGGAGCCGUGAUAGAUAUGAACGACACAGAUAUCAUGAAAGAGAUCGGGAAUAUCGUCGUCGAAGCUGGAGCCAGAGUCGCAGCCGGAGCCGCAGUGCCAGCCCUCGCAGCCGGAGCCGCAGUGUCAGCCCUCGCAGCCAUAGCAGGAGUCAAAGUUGGGACAAAAGAAGUGAGAGAAGGAAAAGAUCUCUGAGUCCUAUUGAUAGUGGUUCCCCUGUACGCCGCAGUCGAUCUCCGCAGCGUCGAAGCCAAGAUCAGUCUAGCCCACCUGCUAGGUCUCCUGCCCAUACAAGUCUGUCACCAAAGGCUCGAAGUGAAUCUCCAAGACCUAGUAAUUCAGGAUAGUCAUAUCUCGUUUGCAAAGCUGCUGUAGAUCCACGUAGCUUCAUAUGCCAGUGGUGUUCCAAAUAGAUUUGUCUCAAGUACAUCUUCUGGUGUUGAACAUGAGUGACACAUUGGUUGUUCAGUAUGUUCGAGGAGUUAUAUUGUUAGAUCAAGAUGGUUAGUCUGAUCACCUGAAUUUUAUCUCAUUAAUUUAUAAUCUUCAGUAUCGGUGGGUUGGUUAUUUGGAGGGGUGCUAAAUGUUGGUUCUGACAAGUUCACUGUGCACACCCUACGAGGUGCUUUUUGGUAGUUAAGUCAUUUCUAGACCGGAAGUAACAAAUUUGCAGCCUUUUUACUUGUGCCCUCAUUCAGUAGAGGACAUACUUUAAUAUGUGCUUUACUAUUUUAUUUUAGUUUUUUUAGUCCUGACUUAUGCUGGACUAUGACUGAGAUGUGAUAGUUAGUUGGGGACGUGGAAACACUGCUGGUUGCUGUGAUGAUGAUGCUGUUGUAGCUGAUGAGAGAGAAUAACAUCCAAUUUUCGUGUUGAUUUU